GGAAACAUCUGUAUGGACUAUUUCACUACAACUCAACGAUGCUUGGAUUUGAAUCACUUCCAGAUCCCACAGACACCUGGGAAAUUAUAGAGACCAUUGGUAAAGGCACCUAUGGCAAGGUCUACAAGGUAACUAACAAGAAAGAUGGGAGCCUGGCCGCAGUGAAAAUUCUGGACCCAAUCAGUGAUAUGGAUGAAGAAAUUGAGGCAGAAUACAACAUUUUGCAGUUUCUUCCUAAUCAUCCCAAUGUUGUAAAGUUUUAUGGAAUGUUUUACAAAGCGGAUCACUGUGUGGGAGGACAGCUGUGGUUGGUCCUGGAGCUGUGUAAUGGGGGCUCGGUCACUGAGCUCGUCAAAGGUCUACUGAGGUGUGGCCAGCAGUUGGAUGAAGCAAUGAUCUCAUACAUCUUGUAUGGGGCCCUCUUGGGUCUCCAGCAUUUGCACAACAACCGAAUCAUCCACCGUGAUGUGAAAGGGAAUAACAUUCUUCUGACAACAGAAGGAGGAGUUAAGCUCGUUGACUUUGGUGUCUCAGCUCAACUUACCAGUACACGGCUACGGAGAAACACAUCAGUUGGCACCCCGUUCUGGAUGGCCCCCGAGGUCAUUGCUUGUGAGCAGCAGUAUGACUCUUCCUAUGAUGCUCGCUGUGACGUCUGGUCCUUGGGGAUCACAGCUAUUGAACUGGGGGAUGGAGACCCUCCCCUCUUCGACAUGCAUCCUGUGAAAACACUCUUUAAGAUUCCAAGGAAUCCUCCACCUACUUUACUCCAUCCAGAAAAAUGGUCUGAGGAAUUCAAUCACUUUAUUUCACAGUGUCUUAUUAAGGAUUUUGAAAAGCGGCCUUCCGUCACGCAUCUCCUUGACCACCCGUUUAUUAAAGGAGCCCACGGAAAGGUUUUAUUUUUGCAAAAACAGUUGGCUAAGAUCCUGCAAGACCACAAGCAUCUCAACCCUGUCACUAAAACCAGGCAUGAAAGGAUGCAUACCAGAAGACCCUAUCAUGUGGAGGGUGCUGAAAAAUACUGCCUUGAGGAUGAUUUGGUCAAUCUAGAGGUUCUGGAUGAGGAUACAAUUAUUCAUCAAUUGCAGAAACGUUAUGCAGACUUGCUGAUUUACACAUACGUUGGAGACAUCUUAAUUGCCUUAAACCCUUUCCAGAAUCUAAGCAUAUACUCCCCACAGUUUUCCAGACUUUAUCAUGGGGUGAAACGUGCCUCAAAUCCCCCCCACAUAUUUGCAUCAGCAGAUGCUGCUUACCAGUGCAUGGUUACCCUCAGUAAAGACCAGUGCAUUGUCAUCAGUGGAGAGAGUGGCUCUGGGAAGACAGAAAGCGCCCACCUGAUUGUUCAGCAUUUGACUUUCUUGGGAAAGGCCAAUAAUCAGACCUUGAGAAAGAAAAUUCUGCAAGUCAACGCCCUGGUUGAAGCCUUUGGGAACGCAUGCACUGCCAUCAAUGACAACUCGAGCCGUUUUGGAAAAUAUCUGGAAAUGAUGUUUACCCCAACCGGAGUUGUGAUGGGGGCAAGAAUCUCUGAAUAUCUCCUCGAAAAAUCCAGAGUUAUAAAGCAGGCAGUGGGAGAGAAAAAUUUUCACAUAUUUUACCAUAUUUAUGCUGGUCUUUAUCAUCAAAAGAAACUUUCUGAGUUUAGGCUUCCUGAGGAAAAGCCUCCUAGGUACAUAGCUGGUGAAACUGGAAGGGUGAUGCUCGACAUAACUUCCAAGGAGUCUUACCGAAGACAAUUUGAAGCAAUUCAGCAUUGCUUCAGGAUUAUAGGGUUCACUGACAAGGAGGUGCACUCAGUGUACAGAAUUUUGGCUGGGAUUUUGAAUAUUGGGAACAUUGAGUUUGCAGCUAUUUCCUCUCAACAUCAAACUGAUAAAAGUGAGGUGCCCAAUGCUGAAGCUUUGGAAAAUGCUGCUUCAGUUCUCUGCAUCAGCCCUGAAGAGCUCCAGGAGGCCCUCACCUCGCACUGUGUGGUCACCCGGGGUGAGACCAUUGUCCGUGCCAACACUGUCGACAGGGCUGCAGAUGUCCGAGAUGCCAUGUCCAAAGCCCUGUAUGGGAGGCUCUUCAGCUGGAUUGUGAAUCGCAUCAAUACACUCCUGCAGCCAGACAAAAACAUAUGUAGUGCAGAUGACGGAAUGAAUGUGGGGAUCUUGGAUAUUUUUGGAUUUGAGAACUUCCAGAGAAAUUCAUUUGAGCAGCUCUGCAUAAACAUCGCCAAUGAGCAAAUCCAGUACUAUUUCAAUCAGCGUGUCUUUGCUCUCGAGCAGAUGGAAUAUCAGAAUGAGGGCAUUGAUGCUACACCUGUGGAGUAUGAAGACAAUCGCCCACUCUUGGACAUGUUCCUCCAGAAACCGCUGGGACUGCUUGCGCUUUUGGAUGAGGAAAGUCGGUUUCCCCAAGCAACUGACCAGACCCUGGUUGAUAAAUUUGAAGAUAACCUACGAUGCAAAUACUUCUGGAGGCCCAAAGGAGUGGAGCUGUGCUUUGGCAUUCAGCACUAUGCUGGCAAGGUUUUAUAUGAUGCUUCUGGGGUGCUUGAGAAAAACAGAGACACUCUUCCUGCUGAUGUGGUUAUAGUCCUGAGAACGUCAGAAAACAAGCUUCUUCAGCAACUCUUCUCAAUCCCUUUGACCAAAACAGGUAAUUUGGCCCAGACAAGAGCCAGAAUAACAGUGGCCUCAAGAUCCUUGCCUCCACAUUUUAGCUCUGGGAGAGCCAAGGUAGACACUCUGGAGGUCAUACGGCAUCCGGAAGAAACCACCAACAUGAAGAGGCAAACCAUGGCUUCUUACUUCCGGUAUUCUCUGAUGGAUCUGCUUUCCAAAAUGGUGGUUGGACAACCUCACUUCGUGCGCUGCAUUAAACCCAAUGAUGACCGAGAGGCCCUGCAGUUCUCCCGAGAGAGAGUGCUGGCCCAGCUCCGCUCCACAGGGAUUCUGGAAACAGUCAGCAUCCGCAGGCAGGGCUAUUCCCACCGCAUCCUCUUUGAAGAGUUUGUGAAAAGGUAUUAUUACUUGGCAUUCAGAGCACAUCAAACACCUCUUGCUAGCAAAGAGAGCUGUGUCGCUAUCUUGGAAAAGUCCAGAUUAGAUCACUGGGUACUAGGAAAAACAAAGGUUUUUCUCAAAUAUUACCAUGUCGAGCAAUUAAAUUUGUUACUGCGAGAAGUCAUAGGCAGAGUGGUUGUGCUGCAGGCAUAUACCAAGGGGUGGCUUGGAGCCAGGAGAUACAGAAGAGUCAGAGAGAAGAGAGAGAAGGCAGCCACUGCCAUCCAGUCAGCCUGGAGAGGAUAUGAUACUUGGAGGAAAUUUAAGAAAAUAAGCAACAGAAGGAGUGAGUCUGCUGUUCGUAUUCAAGCAGGGGACGCUUCAGACCAAAGCAGUGAUCCACAUCGUGCUGUCACAGAGGGCACCAGGGGAAGUGCCCACGUUCAAGAUCGCAGUGAGCCUGGCGACCACAAAGUUCUGAGGGGCUCUGUAGAUCAUAAAAGCCAUCCACAAGCAGAAUCCAGCAAUGGCCACGCAGAGACUUCGAACAAUUCUCCUGCUGUCACUGAAAAAAAUCGGCAUUCACGAGCUCAGAGUUCUCCAAGAGCAAGUGAUGUCUUCACAGGACAUGCAAAUAAGCAGUCAGCUUCUGGGACUGAUUCGCUGUCUUCUCGGACAUGCCAUGCUGCUCCAGAUUGCCAAGGACUGAGUCCCUCAAGAACCCCUCAAAAUCUUGGUUCAAAGAAUGGUCUUGCACAGAAGCAGCGAACACCUCGCCGACGAUGUCAGCAGCCCAAAAUGUUGAGUAGCCCUGAGGACACCAUGUACUAUAACCAGUUAAAUGGAACUCCAGAAUAUCAAGGGAGCAAGAGGAAGCCAAGAAAACUUGGCCAAAUCAAAGUGCUUGAUGGGGAAGAUGAAUAUUACAAAUCUCUGUCGCCUGUGGACUGUAUCCCUGAGGAGGACAACUUAGCCUGCCCUUUCUUCCUUUCCUCAUCCUCAAAGGGAGAUUCUUUCACUCAACACUGAGUUGUAUUUCCUGACGCUUAUUUGUCCAGCAUUAAGAACAAUUGUGAUAAUUGGCUGAUUGUCAUCAAAUAAGAAAGCACUGCCGUGGGGUCAGCUUCUUUGGACACAUGGUCCACGCCUGUGCCUUACUGAACAAUUUGCAGAUUCCUAAGCAUCUUCUCAUAUCUUUGCCACUCUCCCACAUCUGUUGUGCAGCCUGAGCUAGGCAAUCCCUCCUUUUCUCAUCCAUGGGUCCAUGUGGGACACUAAGAACACCUCCACUACAUGCCCCCAGCACCUAAGAAGGGAACAAACAAUUUCACCAUAGGCCAAUCAUGAACACUGAUAAUAUUUCUUUAUCGUCCCACCAAGUCACUUGCAAUCCAUAUAGAAUCUGCUCCAGUGGGAAUCCAGGGGUGCCUUUCCUGCUCUCUUCUCCCCUUUCCACCUUUUCUUUACACUCCCCGCUUUGCUGGGCUUUUCUACUCCUCCCACCUCCCCCAGGUUUAGGGCUCCACUGCUGAGUGUCCCCGUCCUGGAGGAGCGCCCCCAAGGUCUCCUACAACAGGAUAAUUUCCCAUAUUUAGGCAGAGGCCUAAAUCAUUCAGAUUCUUUCUACAAGGCAAAUAACCCCUCUCUUGCUAAUUAUUAUGCUGAGAAAGGCUUUGCCUCUUUAUUCCACCUUGCCAAGAUGCCAAGACACUCAUCGCUUUAGUAGUGAAAAGAAAGGAGUGAGAGGAAAAGAAAAUGUGGGCCCAUCUGAGUCCAGGUCACAUUGUUUUGGAACUCUCCACUCACUGAUCAGCUGUCUCCACUAGGCUGCAUGUGGCUUCAAGGGAAGGAUCUUAUCCUGUUCAUCUUGGUGUGCACAGAGCCAAGCACAGUGCCUGGUAGUGUGGACAUCCAGUAAAUGUAGAAUGAAUGGAGAGACUUCACUUAGUUACACAAACAUAUGUAACAGGAAAGUUACUUUCAAUUAUAUGUCAUACAUGAUUAAUGACUUUUCUUACACCAGCUCUGAUUUUUCACUCAAGGUUUGACUAGUCCUAUUGUAAUAAUGUUAUAUUAUAUAAUACUCAAUAUGAUUCAAUACGACAAACUUUUUUGAGCACCUACCACAUGCAAAACAAUAUGUGAGACUGCUAUAUGAUAUAAAGACAAGAAAACAAAAAAAAACCCUAUAAGACCCUUUCUCUAGAACACAUAUUCUCAACAUUUUUCUCACUCUAAAAUACUUGGCAGACAGUAUGCAUAGGAGUACCUAGAUUUUGAGAAAAAUAACGAUAAAGAAGUAGAAAAAAUAUUAUGAGAGUUUUGAAACGGAGGACAUUAAUAAGUAUUCUGUGAACAUAAAUAAUGAAAUGAGGCAUUUAAAAAUCUCUGAAAUUAUGAUAUUACAAGAAAAAAGAAAUAAGUAUAGCCAAUUUUUCAAUAGCUAAACUUUCCUUUUUAAAAUAUGUCUUAAUUUUUUUCCAGAUCUUCACACAAAAGGUAAUGUUUAUAAGGUAUCUAAGCAGAGCAGAAGAAACAGAAAUAAACUUUAUUUUAUUGUUUAAAAAAUAAUGUCUAGGAUAUAGAGAGUUUUAAUGUCAUUACUAAUAUAUGAAUGCCUUUGGAAAUUUCACUUUUGUCUUUGAUUUGUCUACUUUUGAUUUGAUAUUAGCUGCUCUUCAAACUGUUGAAUAGAAAUGUUCAUAACUUCCCACUUGUCCAUAUACAAUGUAAUUGUUAACCUGCCUUGUUUCUUAUUAAAAUAUACCUAUAACUAAAGUUAAAAG